UUUUAAGUUUCGAAAGUCUAUAAUAGUUCAGCAAUAGAAAACAAAUCCUUUAUCUAAAAGAGAAUCCACAUCUUGGCAGAAGUGCAAUAAAUUAGAAUAAAAGAAAAUCUGCUUAUUUCACUCUAACUUAUUGCACUAGUGCAGAAGUUUCUUGAAAACGAACAGAUCUCGGUUUCCACGGCAACGACAUUGUCAACAAAUCUAACCUAUCAGUCAUUUUGCGUUAUUUCCAUAUUUAUGAGCAAGAGAAGUGAAUAAAAAAAUCACCGAACGAGUAAAUGGGCAUCGCCGUUUUCAAAUCGCGUUCUGUCGCGUGGAAACAAUUAAGAAAUAAUGUAAUUUGUCAACGAUUCUUGCAUGUUGUUCAGCACAAUAGAUGCCGCGGCACUUUUUUCGUGCAGUUAGACGAUGAAUGUAAAUAGCACGCUUAUCGUUGUAUUAUUGCUUUAAAUUUUAAAUAUUUCAUCGAUUUUAUAUGAAAAGUUCAAUUAUGUAUUUAUUCAUUUAUUGACCAGCUCGAGCAGUAUUGCAAUAUGAAACUAAUGAAAGAGUCUUACGUAUGCAAUUCAUCAUUGUUCCUGAUAAAUAUAAAGGCCAAGGCUUAGCAAGACUCUUAGCAGAGUAUCUACAGAAGUAUUAUCUCACGGUGAAAAAUUUUGAUUUGGAAAAACAUAUUAUUGGACCACGUGACAUCCUGGAGGGUCCCAAUUCUCUGCCUUUGCAUCCUGAUGUUGUUUAUGAACUACCAGAACCCAAAGAUUCUUAAUUCUAAUUAUAAUAAUGUAAAAAUGUUAAAUCUAAGUUUUUAAUAUCAAUUGAAAGAUUUAAGUAGAAGAGAUAUAUAGACAAGGAAACAAUGGAAGAAACAGAGUAUAUAGCUUUGAUUGAGUGGUAUUGUCAUCAGCACUACUACAAUGGAAUGUUGGCACAAGCCAAACAAGCGCGUGAUGCUUAUCCAAGCAAUGAACAACUAAAGCUUUUGCUCUGCUUGGCGUACGCUCUCGUUGGCAAGAACCAUGAAGCUAUCAAGGAGAGCUCGAGUUUGCUGAAUUAUGCAGACUUCACAUUAGCGGCUCUCCAUGCGCAAAACGUCGCUUAUGCAACUGAUGGAAGCACCGAGAGAAGCACUAUAGCUCAGGUAGAAAGCAGGAUCCGGGAGGAGCGCAGGAAGGCUUCCUGCAACGCGCUGUGUCUCGCAGCGUCUGUAUUAUUCCUUUCCCGCCGUGCGGACAAGGCGAAGGAGUAUACAGAUAGAGCGUAUAAACUGAAGCCGACGAACGUUAACGUGCUGCUCAUUAAAGGAUGGGUAGAAUCGAGAUUGGGCUCCAGUACGGAUGCUUCAGAACAAGCACAGCGCUUCUUCGAGUUGGUCUUGAAGGAGGAGUCCAGGAACCUGAGCGCGUCGUUGGGCCUCGCGAAGAUGAAGCAACGUGCUGGUGAUCACUCGGAGAGUAUCUCGAUACUCAACUCUUUGAUCGUGCGCUACUCCAAGUCACCAGUGCCGCUGGUAGAGAAGAUGAAGUGUCUCUUAGCCGCGAAAGACUGGGAGCAGAUGUUAGAGAUGGUGAACAGAAUAUUAGCCGUUGAAUCCAACAACCUGGACGCCAUGAAGGCGAAUUCCGUAGUGGCUCUUUGCAGAGACGGCAACACUAACGAGGGUGCACGGCAAUUGCAAUUGUUCCUACGCCACCUACUACUUGCCGAGCCGAAGAACGUGUUCCUGCUUAUCGAGAACUUGCAAUUGUUCUCAGGAAUUGCGUUCCAAGACCACGCGAUACUUGCGGAGCUGGCGCGGGCGGCCGAGAAGACGCUGCAAGCGUCAACGUCAAGCAACGCGGAGCUGAUGGCGGAACUCGGCGAUCUUUAUGCUGCUCUCGGUAACGCCAAGGACGCUGAGCAUUGGUACAGAAGUACUAUACGCGCAGACGAGUCGUCUUUCGCAGCUCUCAUGGGUCUGGCUCGCUGUCAACUGCUGGAAGGCUCAGUGGAGGCUUUGGACUUGGCGCGUCAGCAGGUGGACUUUCUCAUGGAAAUACAGCCGCACGCCAUAAACGUGCGACUGCUGCUCAUGUCGGCGAAGAUUGCGUCCGGCGAAGGCGCCAGCAAGUCGCUCGGUUACCUAGAUGCAGCUGCUAACGUUUUGCUGAAGAAUUGCGAGGGUCGUCCCUACGGCUACGAGUACCUGAAGGAGCUCAAGCCUGACCUAUGUCUCGAUAUCGCGAAGCAACGUCUCAUGUAUUCCUUGAACAAGUCUCCGAUGAGCGACGAAGUGGUCGGUGCGACAGGAAAGGAGCCGAGCGUCCGCUUAUUGGAACUACUCGUAGAGGCUUGUCCAGGUUCCAGCGUCGCGCUCUUGCUGCUCAGCAAGGCUAGGAUGCAGAGCGCGGACUACGAGAACGCGUUGAAUCUGCUCAGGAAGUUGCUGGACACGGUGGAGCCGUCUAACGCUCAAGCGCAUCUCGCGAUGGCGCAGAUCCUAGCGUAUCAGGGCAAGUAUCAAUUAGCGUCGCAGAGUCUCGAGGUCGGUCUGAGCUACAACUUUAAAAUCAGAGAGGAGCCGGUAUAUCAUUUGAUCACUGGUAUGGUACAACGGGAGGCUGGCGAACUAGAUAACUGCGUGAAGAGCUGUCAAACAGCCAUGUCUUUAGCCAAUUUGGGCGCCAACAGAAAAUUCGACAUGUCCACGUCGGACCGAGCAACGUUGUACCUGGAACUGAUCGCGGCGUAUAGCAAGGCGAAGCGGUUCGCCGAAGCGUUGGCGCUCGUCGACGAAGCGAAGUCGAAUCUUGCCGGCACCAGUGAGAUAGGAAGAGUCACGAUCGGCAUCGCGGAGGUGUAUCUGGACAUGGGCGAGUUGGAGAACGCUGUUGGCUGUUUACAGAGUAUCGGUCCAGGGCAGCCGUACUACUUACAAGCGCACACUAGAUUGGCCGAGAUCAACUUGAAUUACAAGAAAGAUCGUCAAGCGUUCGCGAAGUGCUUCAGAGAAUUGGUGGAACAUCGUCCUGGCCCGAAGACUUACAGCAUGCUCGGUAACGCCUAUAUGUCUAUACAGGAACCCGAAAGAGCAAUAGAGGCGUAUGAGCAAGCUCUCUCUCAAAAUCCAAUCGACAAAAUGGAUAUUGCGAAUAAGAUGGGCAAGGCGCUCAUUAAGGCACAUCAAUACGCAAAGGCAACCAGUUACUAUAAAGAUAUAGUGAAGCAGAACAAUUGCGGCGCUCUAAAGUUAGACCUGGCUAACUUAUAUAUGAAAAUGAAACAAUAUGAUAAAGCGGAAGGGACAUUGGUACAAGAACUACAAGACAGACGAGGCGACUCAGAUAUUCUGAGCCUGGAGAUGCGAGGACAAGAACUAUUGCUACUUGCUAAAGUGCGCGAGAAAUCAGGCAACGUUAGGGGUGCUUUGGCGACAUUAAAAGAAGCUAAGGAAAAUCAACACAGGUAUAUCCAACGUCUUGCCGUCUCGCCAGACAUCGUCGAUCAGAGACACAUGUUGGCGAACAUCUGUCUCACAAUGGCUGAUUAUGCGACAACCUUGCGUAGUUACGAUGAAGCUAUCGUAUAUUAUAAAGAAGCUCUGUCUCAUAAAUCUACAGAUGUAAACGCUCUUUUAUCUUUGGCGAAACUCUAUAUGCAGAUGAACAAUUUGGACCGAUGUGCGCAAAAUUGUUCGAUCCUAUUAAACGCCGAACCCAAUAAUGAAGCCGCAUCUGUGAUGAUGGCUGAUCUUGCAUUCAGAAAGGUUGACUUCGAGACUGCAGCGUUUCAUUUCCGACAGUUGCUAUUACGUCAACCGACUUAUUGGACCGCUUUGGCGAGACUGAUUGAAGUUUCGCGCAGAACAGGUGCUAUGGAUGACCUGGACGAGUGGCUGCAACGCGCGCAGGCCGCGAUGGGCGCAGGUAAUGUCGAAGCUGGUUUUUACUAUUGUGCUGGACUCUUAGAUUGGCGAAUAGGCAAGUUGAACUCCGCAUUGCGAAACUUCAACUUUGCGCGACGCGAUCCGGAAUGGGGACAGCAGGCGAUUUACAACAUGAUCGAGAUCUGUUUGGAUCCUGACGAUGACACUACACUGUCGAACGAAGCGUUCAACGAUGAGGAUGCAGAGUAUCAGGACUCAAGAACGAUGGCUUUAAGAACGGCCUAUCGAUUGCUUCAGGAAUUGAAUCCCAAAGGAAGUCCUCACGAGGUACUGACCCACAAACUUCUCAGCGACUUCUUCCUGUUGGCCACCAAGCAAAAAUCUAACAUCGAAAAGGCCCUGCAGGAUUGCACCGCGUUAGCAAGUCAAGAUGCUCUUCGAGAUCACGUAGGUCCCGCUCUUGGCAUGGCCACCGCUCAUAUCUUGCUGAAACAAACGCCACGUGCCAGAAAUCAUUUGAAACGUGUCAGUAAGAAUGUCUGGACGUUCGAAGACGCCGAGUACUUGGAACGUUGCUGGCUGUUGUUGGCGGAUAUCUACGUGCAAUCCAACAAAUACGACUUGGCGAAUGAGUUGUUGAAACGUGUGCUGCAGCAUAACGCCACCUGCGUGCGAGCUCACGAACUGUCAGGCUACAUCGCUGAAAAGGAUCAGUGUUAUCGCGAAGCUGCUACGAAAUACGCUCAAGCCUGGAAAUGUGGCGGGAAAACGAAGCUGUCGGUUGGUUAUAAACUGGCUUACUGUUGCUUGAAAGCGAAAGCGUAUGCUGACGCUAUCGAAGCUUGUAACGAGGUAUUGAAGCAGAGCAUAGAUUUCCCGAGGAUCAGGAAAGACAUUUUGGAAAAGUGUAUCAAUAAUCUUCGCACGUGA